AUGACCCACAACCGCGACGAGUCGAGCACCCGAGCGUGCUCGGCUCGUCGCACGUCUCCCCCCGCCUCCACCACCUCCACCACCUCCACCCACUCCCCACCCUCUGCGACCAGACGAGCACCCGUGCGUGCUCGUCUCACCGCGUCCAACCUCGCUCCUGCCCGCCAACGCGGCCGCGCACCUCCCGCGACCUACCCGCCAACGCGGCAACGACCACAACCGCGACGAGUCGAGCACUCGAAUGUGCUCGGCUCGUCGCCCGUCCCUCCCCGCUGCCUCUUCCAUCUCCAUCUCCACCCCCCGCCCUCUGUGCGACGAGACGAGCAUCUGUGCGUGCUCGUCUCGCCGCGUCCGACCUCUCUGACACCCGCCACACCCGCCGCUCUCACCCACGACCCGCAACCGCGACAAGUCGAGCACGCGAACGUGCUCGGCUCGUCGCCCGCCUCUCGCCGUCUCCACCCUCGCCCUCGCCCUCCACCUGCGACGAGACGAGCACCGGUGCGUGCUCGCCUCGUCUCGUCGCGUCCGACCUCCGCCCCGCAGACGCAGGGUCCUCCUGACACCCACCGCCACUCCGCGCACCCCCAGCACCCUCAUGACGCCCCGUUUCACCCCAUGCGCGUGCCGUCGACGUCCGCAUCUCCCCCGCCACAUGCCCGCUCUCGUUCCACCGCAGGCCACAUGAUGCCGAACUUCGGUGAGCGCCCCCCUCUGGGUCCCCCACAGGUCUCAGGCGGCCCCAGGCGGUCGCCUCCCCCGUACCCUCGGGAGGAGCAGUGA